AUGGCUACCAAGCUCAUCUCAAACCAGCAUGACUUCAAAGUUGUACCUGAAUCCUACAUAUUACCCCCAGGGGUUAGACCAGGCACUACCGAUGCGUCUGUAAUGGAGGUCAUUCCAGUCAUUGAUUUGCAGCAUCUUGCUACCAACAGAUCUCAGGUGGUCAAGCAAAUCAUAGAGGCUUCUCAAGAAUACGGCUUCUUCCAGUUGAUCAAUCAUGGGGUUGGAGACGAUGUGCUGCGUAAGGUAUUGAAGGUGGCUAAUGAGUUCUUUGAGCUGCCUAGUGAAGAUAAAGCAGUUAUGUAUUCUGAAGAUUCUAAGCAAAAAUCUAGAGUUUACACCAGCAUUGACUAUGACAAUGAGAAGGUGCAUUUCUGGAGAGACUCUUUGAGACACCCUUGCCAUCCACUAGCGGAACACAUCGAUUCCUGGCCUCAGAAACCGCCUCAAUAUCGGGAGGUAAUGGGAGGUUAUGCAGUGGAAGCGAGGAAGCUUUGUAUGUUGCUUUUGGAUCUGAUUGGUGAAGGCUUGGGACUUGAACCCGGAUAUUUCCGGGAUGAACUUACCGAAGUGCAACUCAUGGCUGCCAAUUAUUACCCAGCUUGCCCAGACCCAAGCUUAACCUUGGGAUUACCUAAACAUAGUGAUAUUAACCUCAUCACUCUUCUUCUCCAAGGGGAAGAAGUUCAUGGUCUUCAGGUCUUGAAAGAUGGACAAUGGUUGGGUGUUGAGCCUCAACCUGAUGGCUUUGUGGUUAACAUAGGCCAUAUGCUAAAGAUUGUCAGUAACGGGAAGCUAAGCAGUGCCGAGCACAGAGUUAUGACCAACAAAAAGGUGUCGCGCACAACAGUAACCCACUUCAUCCAUCCUGCCGGCAACUGCUUUAUUGAGCCUGCAAAAGCACUAGCAUCUAAGGACUCCGGCAGCCCUCCACUGUUUAAAUCAUUUGCAUACAAGGACUUUCUUCCCAGCUAUGUACAAGACACUCAUGCGGGAGUACCACCCCUCGAUCGUCAUAAGAUCCAGGCUUGA